CAAUUCAAGCUAGAACAUAUAAAAGGAACGAAGAGCAUUGUUGUACGAGUCAAACUCUUCCUCGUUAUCAUAGCGGAUAGAAGGUGACUGUCGUUUUGUCGUUCAAAAUUAUUUCAACGGUUGUGUUUCUUUCUAGUGUUGUGUUUCUGUAGAUAAAAGUGUUAAAUAUCAAUUUUUACCGUGCUUAAGUGACAUUGAUUUCUUAUAAUUUGAAAAAGCUGAUUUUUAUCACUAUACGAUAAAGAAGUUAAAAAUAACUGGAGUUCAAUUACAUUACAAAAGUGAUAAAAAAUAUAAUUGCAAGGAUACCAAACUCGAAUAUUUGUGAUAAAAUUUGGUAAAGACAGCGGAUAUUAUCCAACGAACUCAUGAUGAAAACUCAACUAAUACUAUUUACAACGCUCUUUGCAUUCGUUUACACAUCUCCUCUACCACAAGUUAUCGAAAACGUUAAGCUUGAUGAGUUGCCGAAAGAUUCAACGAUUGAGGUAGCACCAGAAGAACCAGCGACGAACACAAAUAAUGUUCCAACAGUAACGGAAGCUGCUGCUGCCAUCGACUUACAGACAGAAACACCAACAACUACGGAGUUACCUAUCGAUGCCCUUCCCACCGAACGAAUUGAGACUAAUGAGUCGGAAAAUAAGGUGGAGACCGUUCAAAAAGUACUAGCUGGAAUAACAAGCGAUGUGGAAGUUUCUGAUGUCAAGGAAGAAAUUGUUCAAAUGAAAUCUGAUAAUAUCAAAGAUGAUGCUGUAAAACUGGCAGAUGCUAUUGAACCCGCCGCGGUUGCCUCGGAUGAGGUUGCUCGGGCAACUCGUACUAACCAGGAAGAUGAAGAAAAAACAGACGCUAAUCAAAAUCGAGAUGAGGUUCCCGCUACCACUUUAGCUAAUACCGCCGAAGAACCAGAGCAACCCGAAGCUAAGUCGACUGUAGCUGAAGCAACUUUCGUGGAGACUGCUAAAUCCACAACCGAUGCUGUGACAGAUCCGACGGCUAAACCCAGCGUAACUAUUUCUACCGCUGCAACAGAAGCAAAAACUGAAACUACGACUGCUGCUGUUGUGCCCGCAGUCACCACUAAACCCAAAGACGAUAGUUCAGAAGAAAGUAAUGAAAGCCAAGAAUCAGACGAAGACAAAUCAUAAUCUUUACAAUAAUUAUAACCGCUAAAACGAAAGUUAUUGUGCCAAUUACACUUACCUAUUAAUUUUGAAUCUUAAUCUUACUGUGACCAAUUCGAAACAAGUUUUGCACGACAUACUCGUGAAAUUACUUCUUGUGAAAAGUUAAUUAAUGAAUAUGUCGAUCGCUAAAGAAUAUUCCAGAAGUAAUUUGCAAGAAUGUUUCUAUUUAAAAAAAAUAAUUGGUCGUUUUAGCUAGCAAUAAACAUUUGCUAAGUAUAGUACAUCAUCCAAUAGAUAUCACAGCUAUGAAUAUCAAUUCAAUAACAAUAAACAUAAUGAAUAAACGUUCCUCAAUACAUCGAGAGAGGUAUUCGAUCGACUAACCGAAAAAACUCAUCACACUUGUUAUUUAGUUGAUAAAGAAGCUACGAUCGGGAAAAACCAACAGUAAUUGGAAUAAUAAUUCAGCUUUCCUAUCUGAUGCGUGACGAUUUGAAGUAGGAAAUGCAACUUAAGUAUAGGCAAAUCUACCAUGGACCAUUGCGGCUUUCAAUGCAGCAUUGAAAUAGAAAGAAGAUUGAAGAGAAAGAAGAAAAGAUAAUGGAUCGCAUCAUGUAAAACAAUUCUUGCCUCUCCCUCUAGAAUUCAAACACCUAAUAACAAACUUCUGUGUAGACUGAAAAUUGUGCUAAAUAAAACUACAUGACAAAUGUAAAUGUGAAAUGUAAUAAAGUACAUUGUAAGUUAUUUAA